AUGAAGCGCUUCCACCCUGGGGUCGCGCUGCUGCUCUCGCUGCUGUGGGAGUGUACAGAGGCCAAAAAGCAUUGCUGGUACUUUGAAGGAUUAUAUCCUACAUAUUAUAUAUGUCGCUCCUAUGAGGAUUGCUGUGGCUCAAGAUGCUGUGUAAGAGCUCUCUCUAUCCAGCGACUAUGGUAUUUUUGGUUCCUUUUGAUGAUGGGAGUUUUGUUCUGUUGCGGAGCUGGUUUCUUUAUCCGGAGGCGCAUGUACCCUCCUCCAUUAGUAGAAGAACCUACUUUUAAUGUGUCUUACACCAGACAACCAGUCAACACUGCAUCAGGGUCACAACAACCCGGAGUGCCGUAUUACACAGAUCCAGGUGGACCUGUGAUGAAUCCCAUGGCUAUGGCUUUCCACGUCCAGCCCAAUUCCCCACAAGGAAACCCGGUUUACCCACCCCCACCUUCCUAUUGCAACACACCACCUCCCCCCUAUGAGCAGGUGGUGAAAUCCUCCACAUGAGGACUCUGGCUCUCUGACCUGACUGUGUGAGAAGAUGCAAUUGCAGAAUGACCAAGAUGGAGGGCACCUGCCCUUUUGAACACUUGCUAGUUCUCCAAGUCUUCUCUCCUUCCCUUCCCCACACCUUUCCUCAUUAAAGUUACUUGCAAAGGGGUGAUUUUUAAAUUUUUGUUUCUUUUUUCCUUUUUUUUAGUAGAAGUGGAUUUUUUCUUCGUCUUCAAAAUGAGAGACAUUGUCUUUGUAAUGCUUUUAAUGGAAACCUAUAUUUAAAACCUGUAUGUCUUUCUCUUUAUUUAUUGUUCAUUUCAAUCAAGGUUUUAAUUGCGUCAUGGCAGGUUACUGAUAG